AUGUCCUCGCCUGCAGCUACGACCGGAGGCCAGGGCAACACGCCGCGGGCGGCUGGCGUCUUGGCAGCGAGAGCCCCCUCGGCCCUCGUUUCCCGUGCUCUCCCUUAUCUCGCCCAAUCUUAUCUGCCGCGCACUCCCACCGUAUCGUCUAUCGCCCUUUAUCAUCCUGCCCUCUUCUAUCUUCCUCUGCCUCCUCGCUCCUCUGCUUCCCCCCUCCCCCCCCUUCCACCGCAUCAUUCGCCCAUGUUCUCUCAAAUGGCUUCCACCUUUGCUGACCAGAAACGCCCUCAAUUGCAGCCCGUGUGCCAGAAUUGCGGCACCUCGACCACCCCCCUGUGGCGCCGAGACGAGCUGGGCUCCGUCCUCUGCAAUGCCUGUGGCCUCUUUCUGAAACUCCAUGGUCGGCCGCGCCCGAUCAGCUUGAAAACCGAUGUCAUCAAGAGUCGCAACCGGGUGAAAACUGCUGGCCAGGCCCCGAAACGCAAGUCUGGAGGCGCGUUGGAUGUCAAUGGAUUGUCUGCGUCGAGAUCAGAGGCUGGAACGCCACCUCUUGGGACGCAUCCGUAUCGCCGCCCGUCUAGAAAGAUGUCUCCGGGUCAUUCGGAUCGCUCAAAUUCGCCCGUGUCGCGAACAGAUACACCUGGAAUGUCGUCUCUUCCACAACACAAUUCCAAUAUUGCCCCACAACACAUGUUUGACAGUGUAACUCUGGGCGAUCAGGGCUUCAACUCGGCCAACACUCUCCCGGCUUUGCAGCUCCGUCAACCAUCGCCAGGCUCCACGUCCUCCAUGGUGGACCGUCACCUGGAGGCUCCCCAGACUUAUGAGGCACUACUUGCUGCAAAUACCUCUCUCAAGACUCGUGUUAGUGAGCUCGAAGUGAUCAACGGACUCUUUCGCGGCCGUGUUGCCGAAUUAGAACAGAGUGAUGCGACCGCGCGUCGUUCCGAGAUGAUUGCACGCGACUCAGAGGCGCGGCUGCGUCGAUCUCUCGAGGAAUCUCAGCGCCGUGAAGAAGAACUCCAACGCCGUAUUAGCGAACUGGAGCAAGCUGCAGAGCACUCGGGAUCUGUUUCGCUGCAGGGAAAUGGUUCGAGCGAACCUGCCAUGAAGAAGAUCCGCUUAUCAGACGUAGUUGAUUAUGAGGCAGUAAACUCUGCCAAGUCUCCGAAGGCUGUAUGA